AUGCGCAUUACCACAAAAACAAAGAGUUUCGGUUUCGAAAGUCGAAAUCGUUUGUUGUGACUUUAUGUAACGUCCGCGUUUUUCAUUUCUAUCUACAGGAUUUCUUUGCUUAUGAAGCAACAAUUCUUUAAUUGCAAAGAUUGGUGAUGAACAUUGAACAAUAUCUUAUUUCGUUGGAGUGCGAAGAUAAGAAGAAAAUCUACGACGUCAAUGUUGUGAUAUUUGUUUUAAAAUUCAUAAAGUAGUUAUAUCAGGAUAAGAAAGUGAGAGAAAAAAAUGCAAAAUUCAAUUGAAUUGAGUUCAUUUCACUAUGAAUUUGUGAAUGACGUUAAUUUGAACGAAGAAACUGCUCUUAGUAAGAAUGAAAAAGCUCUUGCAGAUCGAGUACGACAUUUACAAAAUGAAAAUAAGGAAAUGCAAAAAGCAAUAGAAAUUUAUCAGGAGGCUUUACAGUUGUGCCAGGAAAAUUUGAACAGUGUUGUGUCACAGCAAGAUAAGUUGCUAUCUGACACACAGAAAAAUUACAAUCAAGCAAAAGCUAAAGUUGAUUCACUAAAUCAGAAAAUUAAGACUCUUGAAACUCAGCUUGAGGAGAAGAUAAUGGAAUGUAGGAAGAAUAAAGAAAUUAAAGGAAAAAUUUAUGAUGAAAAGCCAUUAAUAUCUGCUGAAGACCAUCAAAGUCUAAUUGCUGAGUGUUUGGAGUUAGAGAAAUUAAUCAAAACUCUACCUCAGAAUGACUCUGUACCACAAACUAUUUACAAUCAGUUGAUAACUCAAGCUCAAUCUAUGAAAGAGAAGCUUGGGCAAUUAAAUGUGAGACAUGUUGAACUGGAAUCUCAAAACAAUGAAUUUAAAAAUUCCAAUCAAAGAGGUGAUGAAAACAUGAACCUAAAUUCCAAACCACCAAAAAACAACAAUGACAAAAUUAAAGUGGAAUUAUUGUCUCACGAGUGUCAGACUACUGAUGAAGUCAUCCUUGCUGAUCAGUUAUCGCAAGAUCAGUGCGCUAAAAUAUCAAAACUUGAAUCAGAAAUCCAAGAAUUAAAGAAACAAAUGGACAGAAGUGAAACAAUGUUUUUGACAGAGAAGGAGGAUAUUUUGGAAAAUAAGGCAGCUUUGGAAGAGCAAAUAAGAAAAAUGAAAGAGACAUCAUCUAUACAAGCUAAUAAAUCCUUUGAUGAUGCUAUUGCUGCAAAGAAGGAUCUUGAACAACAGUUGAGGGAAAAACAACAGAAUUGGCAAAAGUUGAGAAUGACAAACAGAACAUUUCCAGUAUGCAUGAAAAGUUGAGUGAAAAAUUUGGUAAAGAAAUUGAAAAUCGAGAAAGAGUGGAAAAUGAACUUAAAGCACAAGUUGUGACGUUCUGUCAAGACAUACAAGUCAAAGAAACAGAAUGUGAAGACAUGAAGAAAAGACUUGAAAUUUAUGAAAAUGAAUGUAACAGACUGGAAGCUCAAUAUGAGGAAUUGAGAAAAACCUCUGAAAAUAGAAACAUUCAGAAUGAGCGUAAGGUCGCCGGUGAUUUGGCCGAAUCAAAAUCUCAGGUUGAUAAUCUCACAGCGCAGUUGUUGACUGCUGAAGAAAUGAUUGAACAUAAAGAUGCAGAUCUGCAGAAAUUACAGAAAGAAAAUCAAUCACUUGUUGGAGAGUUGGAAACCGUUCCAUUGCUGAAACAGCAGCUCGAAGUUUUCCAAACUGACUUUAAUCAGGAACAGGAAUUGCGACAGAAAACUGAAGAACGUAACAGAAAACUUGUAGAUGAAAUAAAAAAACUUCAAUUGGAUGUCGAACGCUUGACAGAAGAGAUGAAUGACCCAACAGGCAGUAGAAUGGCAGAAAUGCAACGGCGUCACGGUUGUGGUAACACUAAUCAAGCAGAAAAUGGGGUUUCGGCUGCAUCUUGGAGUAUAUUUCAUGACAGAUAUCUUUCCCCUCGUGGAGGGCCACCAACAGCUGGGCUAAACAACGCUAACAGUGACAAUGAUAUUAACCGUCAGGUCUCUGGUGGACGAUGUCCAAAAUGUGAUCAAAUGUUCCCUGAUCUCGACACGUUACAGACUCAUGUUGUACAAUGUUUGGAAUCUGAAAGUUCAAAGGUCUGCCCAAAAUGCAACCGUGCCUUCCCAGAUUUAGAUACUCUUCAAAUCCAUGUCAUGGAAUGUCUUGAUAAUUAGUUAUGCACGUACGUAAAAUGACGUAUUUUUGCUAUUUUCUUUAUGAUCAUUUGGAUUUUCAAUGUCAAUGUACUACGUAUAAUUUUCCAUAGUUGUUUACAAUAUAGUUACAGCUAGUCACUUGCUUCAACUGAAUUUCAAUAGUAAUAACUGUUAUUAAUGAAUUACCUGUUGAAGUAAUAUGAUAUCCGUAUAAAAAUUGCUCUUAAAAAAUUUAAAGAUCCAAUGUUUCAAUUUUA